CACACACACAUAUACAGACAGACACACACGCACACACCCACAGCCGUGGGAUGAGGACGUGUGUGUGUGUGUGUGUGUGUGUGUGAGUAACAGCUGAUGUGUCCCAGGAGAGGAGAGGAGACGGGACACUUCCCCUCCAUGUUCCUGCAGCCGGCCGGCCGGAGGGACACGCCCGAAGCCCGGAGGACCAACCUGCACAAACCCCCGCCGCGCAGGUCCACCAUCAGAAACGCUAAGAGCAUCCACAACAGGGCGAGCCAGCGGCUGAGCCAGGACUCGUACCGGCGCGCCAGCCGCCGCCACCUGCAGCAGAGGGGGGGGCGCCUCGAGCCCGACCGGAACGCCAGGAACGCCGACCGGAACGCCGACCGGAACGCCAGGAACGACGCCAAGUCGCCGCUGAGGGAGAGGAAAAACCACG